AUGUCAGUCGCAAAGGCAUUGUAUCUCUACAAUCGGUACACUGUACCGGUUGCGUUGGUCAUCAAUGCUUAUAUGAUGGCCGGAUUUGCGGUGCCAGUGAGCCCGGAGAACCUCUAUUCCAUCUCCUUCGAGACGUUGAUCGUAAUUCUUAUUGUCAUCCGCACAUGGCGUAAUAAACGCCGGCUAUGGAGAAGGAGAGAUACUCCCGCCCCUCUUACCGACGUGCUGCUGACGGAUGGUCUGAUAUACUUCUGUACCAUGGUUUUACUUCUCAUCGCCGGCCUGAUCGAUUACAUCGUGGCACCAGACCCAUAUGCCCUAGUGGGAAUCUAUUUCCUCUGGUCAAUCCACGCCACCCUCGUAUCCCGCAUCUACCUCCAUCUGCGGGACGUCUCCUCCCAUGUCGACUGGACAGUGCACACAGACGUCCGCCCCCCAGUCCCCUUCGCGACCAGGUCCAGCCCUCCUCCAUUACUCCCUCUCCCUAGACCCCGUGAGGUACCCUCUCGCAGGGGGAAGCUCAGGCUCAUGUCGGACGCCUCGCGUAUAGUGGCUGAAGCGGGAGUGCUGGAUAUUAGUCGUUCUCGUGCUGCUGCCGAGUUGCCAAUGAUAGAGAUCACGCUCGCUUCCCCUACUUUGGAACCGGAAGACACGGGGACGUCGCCUGAGGGAAAUCAAGCGUGGAGGGAAGAGAGCUGCUGGUGGCCUGAUAGUGAAGAAGAGGAAGAGAUAGACAAGCCAGGCGAGGAAGGGAAGACCCGAUCGUCGAUCAGCACCUUUACGCAUGCUUGGUGGAGCCGGAACGUCUCGCGGGCCACACUCCGGUCGAGGGAGACGAACAUGGACAGCCAACCGAAGAUGGGGAUCCCGAUGCAUCAACUGGGAGGGAGAGGGGAAGUAGAGGAAGAUGAGAUCGGUCGAGCUUUAUAGCAGUUAUUGUUUCCCUAGGAACACACGCAUCUGUAG